AUGGCGGCGGCAGCUGUGGUGGCGGGCGCUCCCCGCGGCGCCCGGGUCCCCGCGCUGACGAUGGGCGCGGACGGCGCGUCCUCGGUGCACUGGUUCCGCAAAGGGUUGCGGCUCCACGACAACCCCGCGCUGCUAGCGGCCGUGCGCGGGGCGCGGUGUGUGCGCUGUGUCUACAUCCUCGACCCGUGGUUCGCGGCCUCCUCAUCUGUGGGCAUCAACCGAUGGAGGUUCCUAUUGCAAUCUCUGGAAGAUCUGGACACAAGUUUAAGAAAGCUGAACUCCCGUCUGUUUGUAGUCCGGGGACAGCCAGCUGAUGUGUUCCCAAGGCUCUUCAAGGAAUGGGGGGUGACCCGCUUGACCUUUGAAUAUGACUCUGAACCCUUUGGGAAAGAACGGGAUGCAGCCAUUAUGAAGAUGGCCAAGGAGGCUGGUGUGGAAGUCGUGACUGAGAACUCUCAUACCCUCUAUGACCUGGACAGAAUCAUCGAACUGAAUGGGCAGAAACCACCCCUUACCUACAAGCGCUUUCAGGCCAUCAUCAGCCGCAUGGAGUUGCCCAAGAAGCCAGUGGGUGCUGUGACCAGCCAGCAGAUGGAGAACUGCAGGGCUGAGAUCCAGGAGAACCAUGAUGACACCUAUGGCGUGCCUUCCCUAGAGGAACUGGGGUUCCCCACAGAAGGACUUGGCCCAGCUGUCUGGCAAGGAGGAGAGACCGAAGCUCUGGCCCGCCUGGAUAAGCACUUGGAACGGAAGGCCUGGGUUGCCAACUAUGAGAGACCUCGGAUGAAUGCCAAUUCCUUGCUGGCCAGCCCCACAGGCCUCAGCCCCUACCUGCGCUUCGGAUGCCUCUCCUGCCGCCUCUUCUACUACCGCCUGUGGGACUUGUAUAAGAAGGUGAAGAGGAACAGCACACCCCCCCUCUCCUUGUUUGGACAACUCCUGUGGCGAGAGUUCUUCUACACAGCGGCUACCAACAACCCCAGGUUUGACCGAAUGGAGGGGAACCCCAUCUGCAUCCAGAUCCCCUGGGACCGCAACCCUGAAGCCCUGGCCAAGUGGGCCGAGGGCAAGACAGGCUUCCCUUGGAUUGACGCCAUCAUGACCCAACUGAGGCAGGAGGGCUGGAUCCACCACCUGGCCCGGCACGCUGUGGCCUGCUUCCUUACCCGCGGGGACCUCUGGGUCAGCUGGGAGAGCGGGGUCCGGGUAUUUGAUGAGCUGCUUCUGGAUGCAGAUUUCAGCGUGAAUGCUGGCAGCUGGAUGUGGCUGUCUUGCAGUGCUUUCUUCCAACAGUUCUUCCACUGCUACUGCCCUGUGGGCUUUGGCCGCCGCACAGACCCCAGUGGGGACUACAUUCGGCGAUACCUGCCCAAAUUGAAAGGCUUCCCUUCUCGCUACAUCUAUGAGCCCUGGAAUGCCCCUGAGUCGGUUCAGAAGGCUGCCAAGUGCAUCAUUGGUGUGGACUACCCACGGCCCAUCGUCAACCAUGCUGAGACUAGUCGGCUCAACAUUGAGCGCAUGAAGCAGAUCUACCAGCAGCUAUCACGAUACCGAGGACUCUGUCUUCUGGCAUCUGUCCCUUCCUGUGUGGAAGACCUCAGUCACCCUGUGGCAGAGCCCAGCUCUAGCCAGGCUGGGAGCAUCAGCAACACAGGCUCCAGACCACUGUCCAGUGGCCCAGCCUCCCCAAAACGAAAGCUGGAAGCAGCUGAGGAGCCUCCUGGUGAAGAACUGAGCAAGCGUGCUAGGGUGACAGAGAUGCCUGCCCAAGAGCCACAGACCAAGGACGCCUGAGACUGGAGAGCCAUCGCUCCAUGACACAGCCCGGGUGCCUGAGCUGCCACAGCCUACAGAGAAGCCAGUCACCAACAGACAGAAGGAACGAACGUGUGUGUGCAGAGGAAGGCGUGGUGUGCCAUUUGCGUGUGCAUGCAUCUGUUUACACUCUCAUGAUCCUGAAUGUCAACUGGGCUGGAGGAGUCUCUCGAUCAUCCCUGUCACUGGGGCUGCUUCCUCACCUCCAGACACAGGACCAGAAGCCACAGCAAUGACCUUCAGCCCAAAUAUGUUUCUGGGAGCCCCCUUCCUUGUCCCAGUAGAACAUGGUGGUAGGAUCCUAGCUGGAAUUCUGGUCUCUGCCUCCCCAGACUCCUCUUCAUCCCUCAUCUUUUCAGACAGCUGGAAGGCCACAUUUUUUUACUCUCGACUAAAGUGUGGGGUUCCAGAGGUAGCCAGAGUCCUGCUGGUUUAGUUCCCAUGUUCUGACACUAGAACCUGAGCAGGCUGGAGUAAAGGCUUCCCAUUUAAACAUAA